AUGUUAAAAUAUAUUUUUAAAAAUUCAAUUACUUCCUUUCAUCUCUUAUCUAAAUAUCAAAUAAGCAUAGAUAAGAUUCGGAAUUUUUGUAUAAUAGCUCAUAUUGAUCAUGGAAAAUCAACUUUAGCAGAUAGAUUUCUUGAAAUAACAGGAACUAUAAGUAAAGGAAAACAUGAAUAAUAUUUGGAUAAAUUGGAGGUUGAAAAAGAGAGAGGAAUCACUGUUAAAGCAUAAUCAGCAGCUAUGUUUUAUACAGUUAAUGGAAUAGAGGUAAUAUAUAUAUAAAAUAGUAUGAAUUUAGUAUUUAUAUAAUUUGAUUGACACUCCUGGACAUGUUGAUUUUACAUAUGAAGUAUCACGUUCAAUGAGAGCUUGUGAAGGUGCUAUAUUAUUAAUUGAUGCAACAUAAGGUAUUCAGGCAUAAACAUUAUCUAAUUAUAUUUUGGCAAAGAAGUAGAAUUUAAAGAUUAUACCUGUAAUUAAUAAAAUAGAUAUGACAUCUGCUAAUACUGAUAGUGUAAUAUAAUAACUAGUUGAAAAAUUUGAUAUGAAUCCAAAUGAAAUAUUUAAAGUAUCUGCUAAAAAAGGAACUGGAGUUACAGAUUUAUUAAAUAAUAUUGUUACAUUGAUACCUCCUCCAUAAGAUCAUAAAGAGCUUAAAUGUUUUUUGAUUGACAGUUGGUAUGCUAGAGAUAAAGGAGUUGUAUUGUUAAUAUUAAUGAAAGGAGGUUAUCUAAAAAAAGGAGAUUAAAUCUUAUCUUGUGCAUUCAAAAAGAAAUAUGAUAUUUUUGAAGUAUUAAAAUGUAUUAAAUUAGGUAGGAAUAUAAAGUCCAGAGAAUGUCCCUUAAGAAAAAUUAGAACCAGGUUAAGUAGGAUAUGUAAUAACAAAUAUGAAAGCAUCAAAUGAGGCAAGAAUAGGAGAUACAUUUAGACAUCCUCUAUCUAAAACUUUGCCUGAAGCAGGUUUUGAAUAGGUUAAACCAUUGGUUUAUUGUGGUAUUUAUCCAGAAGAUCCAGAUGAUUAUGCUGAAUUAAAUAAAUCAAUAUUCAAAUUAGCAUUGACUGAUCCAGCUGUAAUAAUACAGAAGGAGAGUUCAGCAGCAUUAGGAAAUGGAUAUAGAUGUGGUUUUCUUGGAGUUUUACAUAUGGAUGUUUUUAGAGAGAGAUUAGAAAAUGAAUAUAAUUUAAGUGUUUUAUUGACAUCACCAAGUGUUCCUUAUAAAGCAAUUUUAAGAAAUGGAAAAGAAGUAAUGGUUGAAAAUGCAAUUAUGGCACCAGAUGCAGCUAUAAUAAAACAUUAUGAAUAACCUAUGGCAAUUGCAACUAUAAUGUGUCCAGAAGAAUAUAGUGCAACUAUAUUUUAAUUGUGUGAUGCUAGAAAUGGUAGAUUAGUUGAUUAAGAGAAAUAUGAUAAAUAAGAUAGAUUCAUUUUUAAAUUUCCUUUAAAUGAAAUCAUUUAAGAUUUAUUUGAUAAAAUAAAGAGUGCAACAAAAGGAUAUGGAUCAUUAGAAUAUGAAUUCUGUGGUUUUGAAAAAGCUAAUAUUGUUAAAUUAGUAAUUCAUUUAAUGGAAGAUCCAGUGGAUGCAUUAUCAUUUAUGGUACCAGAAGAAAGAGCACAUUAAUUAGGAAAGAAGAUAUGUUAAAGAUUAAAGGAAAAUAUUCCAUAACAUUUAUUUGUUGUAUCAAUUUAAGCUAAAGUUGGUGGUAAAGUAAUAGCAGCAGAGAAAAUAGGAAGUACAGGAAAAAAUGUAACUGCAAAAUGUUAUGGAGGAGAUUAUACAAGAAAGAAAAAGUUAUUGGAUAGAUAGAAGGAAGGUAAGAAGAGAAUGAGAGAAGUUGGUAGAGUUACUGUAAGGAAAGAUACUUUCAUUAGUGUAUUCAAAGAUGAUUGA